AGCGCCAAUCGCCGCACGGCAUCUGACCUGAGAUCAGCUCGCACAGCGCAGACAAAACCGCCAGCGACGGCCACAGAACCGAUCCCAGAUCAUUCCCUAAACCGCGGACAGCCACCCGACAGGGAGUUUGUGUUACAAACCCAUCAUGUCUUUUGCAGAUAUGCGCGUUUGAGUCAGUCAGUGUUUAAUUCGCUUAUACACACAUUCCGCUGACGUUUAGCCCAGCGCGCACACGCACACGCGCACGCACAGUCUGCUGGCGUGAUCGGGACGGCUGCUCGCUAACACACACAAACCAAAGCAGCCGCAGGAGACACAAUUACAUCGCAGCACUGUUCUACAGUCUACGGCCGCUACCAUGCCACUAUUUGGUAAAUCUCACAAGAACCCUACAGAAAUUGUGAAGACCCUGAAGGACAACCUCUCCAUUCUGGUCAAGCAGGACAAGAAGACAGAGAAGGCUUCAGAGGAGGUGUCGAAAUGUCUGGUGGCGAUGAAGGAGAUCCUGUACGGCACUAACGAUAAGGAGCCACACACAGAAACGGUCGCCCAACUGGCCCAAGAACUCUACAACAGCGGCCUGCUCAUCUCACUGGUGGAAAACCUGCAGGUCAUCGAUUUUGAGGGUAAAAAGGACGUUUGUCAGAUCUUCAACAACAUCCUGCGCAGGCAGAUCGGGACCCGCAGCCCAACGGUGGAAUAUUUCUGCUCUCAUCAGGAAGUUCUUUUCAUCUUACUCAAAGGGUAUGAGACCCCUCAGGUGGCAUUGAAUUGUGGGAUUAUGCUGCGUGAGUGCAUCCGGCAUGAACCUCUCGCCAAAAUCGUCCUCCACUCUGAACACUUUAAAGAUUUCUUCGGCUACGUGGAGAUGUCCACAUUUGACAUCGCCUCUGAUGCUUUUGCUACCUUCAAGGACCUGCUCACAAGACACAAGGUUCUGGUGGCGGAAUUUUUAGAACAGAACUAUGAUGCGGUUUUUGAUAAUUAUGAGAAACUGCUUCACUCUGAGAACUACGUGACCAAGAGACAGUCAUUGAAGCUGCUGGGUGAACUGCUCCUGGACAGACACAACUUCACAGUCAUGACACGGUACAUCAGUAAACCAGAGAACCUGAAGCUCAUGAUGAACCUCCUGAGAGACAAGAGCCCCAACAUUCAGUUUGAGGCUUUCCAUGUCUUCAAGGUGUUUGUGGCCAAUCCUAAUAAAACACAGCCCAUCGUAGACAUUCUAUUGAAGAACCAAACGAAACUCAUCGACUUCCUUAGCAACUUUCAGAAGGAUCGCACAGACGACGAGCAGUUUAACGACGAAAAGACGUAUCUCGUCAAACAAAUACGAGACCUAAAAAAGCCAGCCUCCUAAACUUUAGCUAUUGCAGUAUUAGGGAAAAAAAACGUUAAAAAACCACAAAAAAUAUAUUAACAAUAAUAAUUCUAUUUAAAAUCUUGAAAUUUGUCUUUUCUUAGUUAUGAGGCUUACAAAAGAAGGUUCCUGAUCAUUGAUGUUCUCUGUUUUUAUUUGCUUUUCUUUUUUUUUUUUUUUUUUUUUCUGUUUUUUCCUUUCAUGUUUUAUUUUAUUGCAAACUCUUGUGCCAUGAUAGGAGUUUUAAGAGUAGGAAUCAGUCAGUUUGAGUUGCGGGGAGAACCGUCUAAGAACAUCGAGACACCUUGCGGAUGAGGAAGUACAGGUAAACUUUCAUUUUCCGUUUCUGGAUGUUUUUCACGAACCUGGGCGCUCUACGUUCUCCGUGGCACCGACAGCGCCACGACGUGGCAGUUUGGCUGUGCUAGAAGAGAUUGUUAUUUGGAUAUUGCUGGAAAAGAGAUGAAAUUCCCAAAUGAUUAAUUAUGAGCUGUUGAUUUUCUCUUGAUGACUUGUAACUGCACUAAUCUUGCAUUCCUCCUUUUCAUUAGCCCGUGCUUUAUUCAAAACACUACAAGCCUGAUGAUUUCCUCCCUGUUCUCUUUAUUCUGUUUGUGUUUUAUAAGAAUUAUUUAGAAGGAUGAAUUCAUUUAUCAGUAUUUUAAUUAUUGUUUAUCUGAGCUGAAAUGGAAAGAGCAUCUGUGGGUCUUCAUGUACAUUUUGAGUUGCUGUCAGGCCGUUUUCUGAUCAGAAAGCAUCACUCUUUUGUUUUAUAUAUUUUUAUUUGAUGUUUACCUAUGUUUUAAAAAGACAAAAGCUGAUUUUGCUCUUAUGGUGGUUGCCAUUGUAGACGAAUCUUGAAAAAUCAACGUUGGCACUAAGUGAACCGGUGUAUAUUCCAACUUGUAGAUUUCAUGUAGAUCAGUGAGGUACAGCUAUAGUGCUUCGGUGUUGCUAUUGUAUGCUCGCUAUACUAUAGUAACCCUAGUGCUGUAGUGUUUGUUAACUUUAGUGCAUCAUACUAAAGUACUUCUUAUACUGUAGUGCAGCUGUAGUGUACUAUCCAUUUCUAUACUAUAGUAUACCUAUUACUGUAGUAUGUAUUUUGUGCUAUAACCCAUGAUUCAUCUGUCUAUGAUGAUUUUGACAGAAGUAGAUUGUUGCAUAGCUGAAAAACGAUGAAAUGAGGACACAAAUGUACAAACAGGUGCCUUUUGUUCUUGAGUUGUUAAUUUACUCUCUUGCUUUUUUUUUUUUUUAUUUGAGAAGACAUUUUGGAAGGGGGAGCUUAAUUUCUUUUUAUUGUUUUUAAUAUGUUCUCACUGAGCAUAUUUAGCUUGAUUAAGCAAUGAACCUCUUUAACUCACUAUAUUUGAGUUAUGCUGUUGAAGAAAAAUUCAUUAAAUUUCUUUUUUUUUUUUUUU